CCCCAGUCCACGGCCAUGUACCUGAACCACACGUCCUCGUUCUACUGCGGAGUCAACACCUACCUGCAGCUAUGUGCUUCAUCCAAGGUCAUCCUCUUGGUCCCCGGCUUCGGUCUCAACAUCUUUAUCCUGGCCUCGCUCAUCUCCUGCCUGCUCAGCCGACGCAGGAAGAUACGGAACAACGUGGCCGUCUUCAUCCUAGGCAGCACCACCUGCAACCUGGUCAACCUCAGGUGAGUUUCCCCCUUGCUCUGUGAAGAACGUUAGCUGCGUUUACACAGACAGCCCAAUUAUGGGCAAAAUAUCUGAUCUGAUUGAUCAAAACACCAAUUAGAGGCAAAAAAAAGAUCAGAAUUGGGCUGCCUGUGUGAAUGCAGCCUUUAAGCUACUGGAAAAGCGCUAUAUAAACCCAAUCAAUUAUUACUAUUUUUUAUUUGUUAGCCUUUGGCCCCUGAUUAUCCACUGGAGGACCCAUGGACGUUGGGCUCUGGGCGAGGGGCUCUGUGAGGUCAUGGUCAGCGCCAAGCAACUGACUUCCUCAGGUAUGCCUUAGAUGUAAUGUGUGUUAUAAUUUUUUGGGAAAUGUAUAACCACUUUGUACCUUUUUUAAGGAAUUAAUCCUCACUUUCACUUAAGUCACAUUUUCAUUUAGUCAUGCGUUAAUGUCAAUGAGAGAUAAAGUAAAAAUGUUACUGGAAGUUAGGAUAUGCCCCUUAAUAUUAUUAUUAUAAUAAUAAUAAUUAUUAUUAUUAUUAUUAUUAUUAUUAUUAUUAUUAUUAUUAUUAUUAUUAUUAUUAUUAUUAUUUCUGUUGCUGUAGAAUGCCAAUGAUUCUAUAUUUUGUUCUGUCUGUAUUUUGUCAUUUUUUGCAAUAAUUGAAUAAAAACGUCUCCUCUUCAGCUUCCUACCACUACGUCUCCUUCAUCUCCUUCUCAAUCUACCUGACGGUGGUGUGUGACUGUGGUCGUCUGGUGAACAGUAGGGCGUUCCUGGCUCUGGAGCUGCUCUUCCCCCUCCUCCCUGUGGGGUUGAAGGAGCUGACCCAGUGGGUGCUGGGGAGCAGGGUGGAACACCUGGACCCAGUCAACCACACAUGCUUCUCCUAUAUCAAUGAUAGAGUCAUAAGGGUUCUCAUGCUUGUCAAGGUAUUUAUCAGUGUUGUUGUAUUUGUGGUAUUUAUUGACGCUACCUGAUGCUAUGUUGUUGGUCUGGCAUGUGUAUUGCACCUUUUUAUGGCUCCUGUUACAUUAUCUGUAUAUCUCUGCUGGAGUGUGUGGAAGGGUCCCCUCAGGAUGAAGAUAGAUCGAUCUAUCGACGACUAGUCGAGCGUACGAGCGACGAGCGAGCAGCAGCGAGCGACGAGCGACGAUGCGAGUCGAUCGAGCGAGCGAGCAGCGAGCAGCGAGCGAGCGAGCGAGCGAUCGGAGCGACGAGAGCGGUAGCGUACAUGCGAGCAUCGAUCGAGCGAGCGAGCAUCAGCAUGCGAUAGAUCUAUCAUCAUCGAUCGAUCUGAGUACUGAUCGAUCUAUGCGAUCAUCUACUAGCGAUCUACUAGCUAUCUGAGCAUCUAUACAUGUAGCAUCAGCGAUCUAUCUAGUCUAUCAUCUAUCUAUCUAUCUAUCUAUCUAUCUAUCUAUCCAAGAUCGCAGUGUUCCUGCCGUUGAACCUCUAUUUCUAUGCUCAUGUGCUUCAUACGAUCUUCAGGAGCGCCACGGUGAUGCACCGGAGCCAGACGGUCAAUAAGAAACUGGCCAAGGUGUUUAGUGUCAUAUGUCUGAUUACAUUACUGGCACAUCUUCCUGGUGAGUGACUAAUAACGAACUAGUCUCUUGUCUUCUCCUUGACCGAGACAAGUUUUUUUUGUGUGGAGAUUUUAUCAUGUGCAUUAUGUGCUGCAUUGUAUUGUUAGUACUAUCACUGGCCAUAUUGUCUGGUAUUGGUUAGUACUAUCACUGGCCAUAUUGUUUGGUAUUGGUUAGUACUAUCACUGGCCAUAUUGUCUGGUAUUGGUUAGUACUAUCACUGGCCAUAUUGUCUGGUAUUGGUUAGUACUAUCACUGGCCAUAUUGUCUGGUAUUGGUUAGUACUAUCACUGCAUUGGACAUAUUUUCUUGUUGAAUACCUUUUUUAGCAGAUACUGAUAUAAAACUUUAUAUUACAUUCUGAGCAUAGCACAAACUUCAAAACGGUGGUCUCUUUGUCUCAUCUACGCAGAAAAGAAGCGAGAGAGAGAGAGAGAGAGAGAGGAGAGAGAGAGAGAGAGAGAGAGAGAGGAGAGGAGGAGAGAGAGAGAGAGAGGAGCGAGAGAGAGAGAGAGCGAGAGAGAGAGGAGGAGAGGAAGAAGUAGAGCGAGAGAGAGAGCAUCUAGUAGCCGAGCUUCUCGAUCUCUAUACUCUCUCUCUCUGCUCUCUCUCUCUCGCUCUAUCUCUCUACCCCUUCUCUACUUCCUCCUAUCCUCUCUCCCUCUGUAGGUGGGAUAUUCACUCUGAUGGAGGAACACACAGUGUGCCAGGAGAUGGUGAAAGAGUUUCUACUGGACCUUCCUCUCCUCUCCAGCCCCAUCAUACUGCUGUGUAUGAAUAAAGAGCUGCAGACCCACUGUGUAACACUGCUGAAGUGUAAACCUGAGUGCUACGGUAGGAAAGACGAGACAUGGCGUAAGACUGAUGAGCAACAAAAGAGUCUGACCGUUGGAGAAACCGUGGUAACCAGUGAGUCUUGUCUGUGAAGAAUUGGUAUAGUUUUUAUCCAAAUCUACUUCAUGAAAAAAGAAUAUGAAGGAAAAUAGUAGAAAACGAGUAGAUUCCUAUAAUGAAUAAAUCCAUGUGUUUUAUUCACUGUUCUAAAAGUGUAAAGUUUGUAGAAUGUUUGUAGAUUAUAUUUGUUACAUUGUAACAUAUAAUUGGUUAAUAUUCCAUUACAAAUGGUGCAACUAUACAAAAGACAACCUCUGAGUGAUGAGAGAGUGCCUGCCUCUGCAACUGGUUAUCUUUCAGUGGUCAGUCCACAGAAAACCUUAUGGAGGAUCAUGUUCAUGUGUAUUUGAUUGAUCCGGAUGAAGCAACAAUAUUCCUGUUAGAUUGUGUCACUGGUUUUAUUGCAUGGCCUUUUUAAAAUGUACUUCAGAAGGGGCUAUGAGAGAAAUUAUUAUAAAUACAGAUUAUUAUGCUAUUCUACCAUUAAGCAGCAAUAAUGGUCUGUUUUGGAGGCUGACAGCAGUGGUGGAAAAAGUACCCAAUUGUCAUACUUGAGUAAAAGUAAAGAUACCUUAAUAGAAAAUGACUUAAGUAUAAGUGAAAGUCACCCAGUAAAAUACUACUUGAGUAAAAGUCUAAAAGUAUUUGGUUUUAAAUCGACUUACUUAUCAAAAGUAAAAGUAAAAAUAUGAAUAAUUUAAAAGUACUUAUAUUAAGCAAACCAAACAGCACAAAUGUAUAGUAUUUUAUUUUAUUUGGGGGGGAAUUGCCAGGGGUACACUCCAACACUUAGACAUAAUUUACAAUUGAAGCAUUUGUGUUAAGUCAGUCCGCCAGAUCAGAGGCAGUAGGGUUGACCUGGGAUGUUCUCUUGAUAAGUGGACCAUUUUCCUGUCCUGCUAAGCAUUCAAAAUGUAACGAGUACUUUUGGGUGUCAGGGAAAAUGUAUGGAGUAAAAAGUACAUUAUUUUCUUUAGGAAUGUAGUGAAGUAAAAGUAAAAGUUGUCAGAAACCACAAAAAAACGACUUAAGUACUUUAAAGUAUUUUUAACAAAACCACUGCUGGCUAGUAUUGCUUAGCCAGUUAGAAAUAUGAAGUUAGACGCUACCUCAGCAGGAGCAAAAAAUAUGCAAAGUUCUCAUCGUAACUUAGCUUUACAGAGAGUUGGCUACUGAGACAAACAGUGAUGUGGCGCUCAAUGGUGAGGCUGAGGCAGGCUGCAACUUAUUUGACAUUUUAGUCAUUUUAGCAGACGCUCUUAUCCAGAGCGACUUACAGUUAGUGAGUGCAUUCAUUUUUUAUUUUUUUUAUUUUUUCAUAAUGGCCCCCCGUGGGAAUCGAAUUCACAACCCUGGCGUUGCAAGCGCCAUGCUCUACCAACUGAGCUACAUCCCUGCAUGAGGAAGCAGCGGAGACAGAGAGAGAGAGGAAGCAAGCAAGUAAAAUACCCUCAAAAAGAACUUAAUUGUACUUUAAAGUAUUUUUACUGAAGUACUUUACACCACUGCCAUUAAGCCUGUUUAUUAAUCAACAGCUAGCUGUUCAUUCUGAUUGUCCUUACACCUGAUCCAUAGACACUGAUCUAAGGUUGCCUAAUGGCGUAGGAUAGGAUUGGAGGAAGAUCAACUGAUCCUAGAUCUGUACCUAAAGACAGCUUAUUUUGCCCAAUUCUUCUGAUGCAUUAUUUAAUAUAUACACUAGAUGGUGGUGUCUACCUAAUAUUGAGACUUGCUCGCUGUCAAGCUAUGGGUAUAGUUGCACUGAGUGUAUCUGAAACAUUAGGAACACAUUUUCCAAAUAUUGAGUUGCACCCUCUUAGGCCCUCAGAACAGCCUAAAUUCGUUGGGGCAUGGACUCUACAAGGUGUUGAAAGUAUUCCACAAGGAUGCUGGCCCAUGCUGACUCAAAUGCUUCCCACAGUUGUGUCAAAUUGGCUGGAUGUCCUUUGGGUGGUGGACCAUUCUUGAUACGCAUGGGAAACUGUUGAGCGUGGAAGAACCCAGCAGAGUUUCAGUACUUGACACACUCAAACCAGUGCGCCUGGCACCUACUACCAUACACCGUUCAAAGGCACUUAAAUCUUUUGUCUAUUCACCCUCUGAACGGCACACAUAAAUAAAUCCAUGUCUCAAUUGUCUCAAGGAUUGAAAAUCCUUCUUUAACCUGUCUCCUCCCCUUCAUCUACACUGAUUGAAGUGAUUUAGCAAGUGACAUCAAUAAGGGAUGAAAUCUUUCAACUGGAUACACCUUGUCAGUCUGUGUAAAUGUUGUGGACAUAGAAAACUGUGAAUUAAAUGAAUAAUUAUUUAUAAAUGAUUCUGAUAUGGAUUCAGUCUGAGGGACAUUGGUGAAGGAAAAUGUAUAUAAAUAUCUAUAUGCUUUCUCACUUGCAUUUCAUAAUACAAAUCACACACAAACAUAUGCACAGACGCACACACACACACUCCACACACACACUCCACACACACACUCCACACACACACACACACACACACACACACACACACACACACACACACACACACACACACACACAUAGCCAGGACCCUCCCCCCACACACACGCACCAUAGAUUCGUUAAUUUAUUUUUUUAAAAAAAUUCCUUCUGAGCUUGUCUCUCACAGGCGGCUGGUGGCACAUGAACUGGGGAGUGACGGGCUCAUAGUAAUAACUGGAAUGGAAUUAAUGGAAUGGUAUCGACACAUCAAACACACGGUUUCCAUGGUUUCCUUGUGUUUGAUACCAUUCCAUUUACUUAAUUCCAGCUAUUAUUAUGAGCCGUCCUCCCCUCACCAGCCUCCUGUGGUGUCUCCAAUAGGCCGAUCACCAGCCUGUGUGACCCUUGACCCUGUUCAUUUCCCAUGGGACCUCUCUAACACACAGCAUAUAGAACAUGGUAAUUACUGACAACUGUGUUGCUGCCUGCACAUUAUGUCGACUAGAUGAACUGCAAUUCCAAUGCUAUGAACGUACUAUAGCUGGGCCGAAGUUGGUUUACUGCAGUAGAUGAUUGGUGCAAUACAGCUAUGAGAGGGAGAGUGGCCGAAUCAUCUGAGGGACAGAAAGGGACAUGGGGGAUAGAUACUGUCUUGUCGUGUGUUUGAUGAAGUGUCUACUUGUGAGUGGUUUUUAUGCUAUUCAACACGCCAAAGAUGUUUAUACACUGAACACAAAUAUAAUAUUUAAAGUGUUGGUCCCAUGUUUCAUGAGCUGAAAUAAAAUACCCCAGAAAUAUUCCAUACACACAAAAAGCACAUUUCUCUCAAAUGUAUUUACAUCCGUGUUAGUGAGCAUUUCUACUCUCCCAAGAUAAUCCAUCCACCUGACAGGUGUGGCAUAUCAAGAAGCUGAAUAAACAGCAUGAUCAUUACACAGGUACACCUUGUGCUGGGGACAAUUAAAAGGCCACUCUAAAAUGUGCAGUUUUGUUACACAACACAAUGCCACAGAUGUCUCAAGUUUUGAGGGAGCGUGAAAUUGGCAUGCUGACUGCAGGAAUGUCCACCAGAGCUGUUGCCAGAUAAUUUAAUGUUAAUUUCUCUACCAUAAGCCACCUCAAACGUUGUUUUAGACCACGUGUAUGGCGUCCUGUCGGCGAGCGGUUUGCUGAUGUCAACGUUGUGAACAGACUGCCCCAUGGUGACGGUGGGGUUAUGGUAUGGGCAGGCAUAAGCUACGGACAACAAACACAAUUGCAUUUUAUCGAUGGUAUUUUGAAUGCACAAAAUUACCGUGACGAGAUCCUAAUGCCGGUUGUGAGGCUCAUUUAAGGUUUCUGUGACUAACCUAUCUGUAUUCCCAGUCAUGUGAAAUCGAUAGAUUACGGCCUAAUGAAUUUAUUUCAAUUGACUGAUUUAAAAUCAAAUCAAAUUAAAUUUUAUUUGCCACAUGCGCUGAAUACAGCAGGUGUAGACGUUACAGUUAAAUGCUUACUUACAAGCCCUUAACCAACAAUGCAAACAGUCCGGGUAGCCAUGAUUAGCUGUUCAGUAGUCUUAUGGCUUGGGGUUAGAAGCUGUUAAGAAGCCUUUUGGACCUAGACUUGGCGCUCCGGUACCGCUUGCCGUGCGGUAGCCGAGAGAACAGUCUAUGACUAGGGUGGCUGGAGUCUUUGACAAUUUUUAGGGCCUUCCUCUGACACCGCCUGGUAUAUAGGUCCUGGAUGGAAGGAAGCUUGGCCCCAGUGAUGUACUGGGCCAUACGCACUACCCUCUAUAGUGCCUUGCGGUCUGAGGCCGAGCAGUGGCCUACCAGGCAGUGGUGCAACCAGUCAGGAUGCUCUUGAUGGCGCAGCUGUAGAAUGUUUGAGGAUCUGAGGACCCACACCAAAUCUUUUCAGUCUCCUGAGGGAGAAUAGGCGUUGUCGUGCCCUCUUCACGACUGUCUUGGUGUGUUUGGACCAUGAUAGUUUGUUGGUGAUGUGGACACCAAGGAACUUGAAGCUCUCAACCUGUUCCACUACAGCCCGUCAAUGAGAAUGGGGGCGUGCUCAGUCCUCUUUUUUUUCUGUAGUCCACAAUCAUCUCCUUUGUCUUGAUCACGUUGAGGGAGAGGUUGUUAUCCUGGCACCACACAGCCAGGUCUCUGACCUCCUCCCUAUAGGCUGUCUCAUUGUUGUCGGUGAUCAGGCCUACCACUGUUGCGUCGUCGGCAAACUUAAUAAUGGUGUUGGAGUUGUGAAGCCCCUGCAGUCAUGGGUGAACAGGGAGUACAGGAGGGGAUUAAGAACGCACCCCUGAGGGGCCCCCGUGUUGAGGAUCAGCGUGGUGGAUGUAUUGCUACCUACCCUUAUCACCUGGGGGCGGCCCAUCAGGAAGUCCAGGAUCCAGUUGCAGAGGGAAGUGUUCAGUUCCAGGGUCCUUAGCUUAGUGAUGAGCUUUAAGGGCACUAUGGUGUUGAACGCUGAACUGAAGUCAGUGAAUAGCGUUCUCACGUAGUUGUUCCUCUUGUCCAGCUGGGAAAGGGCAGUGUGGAGUACAAUAGAGAUUGCAUCAUCUGUGGAUCUGUUGGGGAGGUAUGCAAAUUGGAGUGGGUCUAGGGUUUCUGGGAUAAUGGUGUUGAUGUGAGCCAUGACCAGCCUUUCAAAGCACUUCAUGGCUACAGACGUGAGUGCUACGGGUUGGUAGUCAUUUAGGCAGGUUAUCUUAGUGUUCUUGGGCACAAGGACUAUGGUGGUCUGCUUGAAACAUGUUGGUAUUACAGACUCAGUCAGGGACAUGUUGAAAAUGUCAGUGAAGACACUUGCCAGUUGGUCAGCGCAUGCUCUGAGUAUGCGUCCUGGUAAUGCGUCUGACCCUGCGGCCUUGUGAAUGUUGAUCUGCUUAAAAGUCUUACUCAAAUCGGCUACGGAGAGCGUGAUCACAUAGUCAUCCGGAACAGCUGAUGCUCUCAUGCAUGCUUCAGUGUUGCUUGCCUCGAAGCGAGCAUAGAAGUGAUUAUGCUCGUCUGGUAGGUUCGUGUCACUGGGCAGCUCGCGGCUGUGCUUCCCUUUGUAGUCUGUAAUAGUUUGCAAGCCCUGCCACAUCCGACAAGCAUCGGAGCUGGUGUAGUACGAUUCAAUCUUAGUCCUGUAUUGACUUUUUGCCUGUUUGAUGGUUCGUCGGAGGGCACAGCGGGAUUUCUUAUAAGUGUCCGGGUUAGAGUCCCGCUCCUUGAAAGCGGCAGCUCUACCCUUUACCUCAGUGUGGAUGUUGCCUUUAAUCCAUGGCUUCUGGUUGGGGUGCGGUCACUGUGGAGACGACGUCAUCGAUGCACUUAUUGAUGAAGCCAGUGACUGAUGUGGUGUACUUCUCAAUGCCAUUGGAAGAAUCCCGGAACAUAUUCCAGUCUGUGCUAGCAAAACAGUCCUGUAGCAUUACAUUUUACAUGUGAGUCAUUUAGCAGACACUCUUAUCCUGAGCGACUUACAGUUAGUGAGUGCAUACAUUUUCAUACUGGCCCCCCGUGGGAAUCGAACCCACAACAUCUGCUUAUUCUGACCACUUCCUUAUUACCGAGUCACUGGUGCUUCCUGCUUUAGUUUUUGCUUAUAAGCAGGAAUCAGGAGGAUAGAGUUAUGGUCAGAUUUUCCAAAUGGAGGGUGAGGAAGAGCUUUGUACGCGUCUCUGUGUGUGGAGUAAAGGUGGUCUAGAGUUUUUUUCCCCUCUGGUUGCACAUUUAACAUGCUGGUAGAUAUGAGGUAGAACGGAUUUAAGUUUCCCUGCAUUAAAGUCUCCGGCCACUAGGAGCGCUGCCUCUGGAUGAGCAUUUUCCUAUUUGCUUAUGGCCUUAUACAACUCAUUGAGUGCAAUCUUAGUGCCAGUAUCGGUUUGUGGUGGUAAAUAGACAGCUACAAAAAAUAAAGAUUAAAACUUGGUAAAUAGUGUGGCCUACAGCUUACCAUGAACUGUAACUCUUUAAAAUCUUUUAAAUUGUUGCAUGUUGCGUUUAUAUUUUUGUUCAGUAUAGAAGGCUAGAUCCAAGAGAGGAUACCAAUGCAAGGGCAGCAGAUACGUGGGUACACUGCAUUAGCUGCCCGGCUGGUCUCUUCUCAUUCUCUAGCCUCCUCCCUGUACUGAUCUAAGUGUUAGCGAACUUCCUUAUUAAUUAGUGUAAUAAUAUCUCACUUUUCUGCUGGCUAUUUGCUAAGGGAAAAUGACAUUUCCUGAGAAAUACACUACAUGACCAAAAGUAUAUGGACACCUGCUCGUCGAACAUCUCAUUCCAAAAUAAUGGCCAUUAAUAUGGAGUUGGUCCCCCCCCCCCCCCCCUUUGCUGCUAUAACAGCCUCCACUCUUCUGGGAAGGCUUUCCACUAGAUGUUGGAACAUUGCUGCGGGGACUUGCUUCCAUUCAGCCACAAGUGCAUUAGUGAAGUCGGGCACUGAUGUUGGACGAUUAGGCCUGGCUUGCAGUCGGCAUUCCAAUUCAUCCCAAAGAUGUUAGAUGGGCUUGAGGUCAGGGCUCUGUGCAGGCCAGCCAAGUUCUUCCACACUGAUCUCGACAAACCAUUUCUGUAUGGACCUCACUUUGUGAACGGGGGCAUUGUCAUGCUGAAACAGGAAAGGGCCUUCCCCAAACUGCUGCCACAAAGUUGGAAGCACAGAAUUGUCUAGAAUGUCAUUGUAUGCUGUAGUGUUAAGAUUUCCCUUCACUGGAACUAAGGGUCCCGUGUAGCUCAGUUGGUAGAGCAUGGCGUUUGCAAUGCCAGGGUUGUGGGGUCGAUUCCCACGGAGGGUCAGUAUGAAAAUGUAUGCACUCACUAACUGUAAGUUGCUCUGGAUAAGAGUGUCUGCUAAAUGACUAAAAUGUAAAAUGUAAGGGGCCUGAUCCAUGAAACACAUCCCCAGACCAUUAUUCCUCCUCCACCAGAUUUUACAGUUGGCACUAUGCAUUGAGGCAGGUAGUGUUCUCCUAGCAUCCGACAAACGUAGAUUUGUCAGUCGAACUGCCAGAUGGUGAAGCGUUGAUUCAUCACUCCAGAGAACGCGUUUCCACUGCUCCAGAGUCCAAUGGCGGCGAGCUUUACACCACUCCAGCCGACGCUUGGCUUUGCAAUCUUAGGCUUGUGUGCGGCUGCUCUGCCAUGGAAACCCAUAUCAUGAAGCUCCCAACGAACAGUUAUUGUGCUGAAGUUGCUUCCAGAGGCAGUUUGGAACUCAGUAGUGAGUGUUGCAACUGAGGACAGACUAUUUCUAUCAGCACUUCAGCACUUCGGCGGUCCCGUUCUGUGAGCUUGUGUGGCCUACCACUUCGCGGCUGAGCCAUUGUUUUUCCUACACUUUACACUUACAUUUUAGUCAUUUAGCAAACGCUCUUAUCCAGAGCAAUUUACAGUUUAAGUGAGUGCAUACAUUUUUCACACUGGCCCCCCGUGGGAAUCGAACCCACAACCCUGGCGUUGCAAGCGCCAUGCUCUACCAACUGAGCUACAGGAGGCACUUCACAAUAAUAGUGCUUAUAGGGGCUGCUCUAGCAGGGCAGAAAUUUGACGACACCGUUCUCUCCUUGCCUUGUGACUGAGAUGUUUACACAUCUGUCAGAACAUCCAAAUGUUAUUUUCUUUUAAAUUCAAAUUACACUCACAGUUUUAUAUAAUCAUGUGAAAUGUCUUCCCUGUCAGGGCGUUAUAUAAAAUAUUUCCUCCAAUCAAAUAAUCGUUUUCAGGCUGUCGUUGGCAGCAAGUGUCGUCAGUUGCCUAGCAACUCGGUCUGCGGUGCGGGCUAACUUGGUGAAACUGUCUGGUUGGUUUGAGGUAAAUCGGGGGGCAAUCUGAUUUUAAAAUAGGUUGUAUGUAGGAGGAUGAAUUCAAACGUUACAACAGCACAGUAUACUCUAGGACAGUUCUCCCAAUUAGGGUUUGGAUACCUAUUGUUAAAUAACAUACAGAUGCUAUGUUUGAGAUAUGCCAAGACAUGCAUCAAGACAGAAUAGAACAGAAUACUUGAUUGUCAGAGGAUGGACAUUUUACUUACUACUAGAAUAGUAUAUAGGUCAUUGUACACUUUUAUCCAUCAAGGUAUCAAAAGGAAGUUGGCAGUGUAACCGAUGUAGCCAUCGCUCGAACACACAUAUUUGCCUGAGAUAGAUCAAAUAGACGUGUCUCAGAGUAUACUGCUCAUUUGUCAAGCAAGAGAAACACAGAGGAUGACAGUGGAACUACAAGAAUGAUGUUCUCUCCUACAUGAAGAUGGUAAAACAGACCUUCAUAUUCAUCCUACAUGUAGAUGGUAAAACAGACCUUCAUAUUCAUCCUACAUGUAGAUGGUAAAACAGACCUUCAUAUUCAUCCUACAUGUAGAUGGUAAAACAGACCUUCAUAUUCAUCCUACAUGUAGAUGGUAAAACAGACCUUCAUAUUCAUCCUACAUGUAGAUGGUAAAACAGACCUUCAUAUUCAUCCUACAUGUAGAUGGUUAAAACAGACCUUCAUAUUCAUCUACAUGUAGAUGGUAAAACAGACCUUCAUAUUCAUCCUACAUGUAGAUGGUAAAACAGACCUUCAUAUUCAUCCUACAUGUAGAUGGUAAAACAGACCUUCAUAUUCAUCAUCUUAGUUUAAACUUCAGGCUAGAACUGUAGAAGUUAACCGAGCUUGCUACCUGUUACCAUCAUGUCCUAAGGCCAAUAACAGUGUCUACCUGUUACCAUCAUGUCAUAAUGCCAGUAACAGUGAAUCUAGCUGUGUGUGUGAACCACGGAAAUGCAGCCAUGUCUUCAUUUAAUGGUAUGUAUAAUUGCGGUAUGCAGUGGUUCAUAUCUGCAACUCAAAUGACACCCUAAUCCCUAUAUAGUGCACUAAUUUUGGGUCUAUAGGGCUCUGGUCAAAAGUAGUGCACUAUAUAGGGAAUAGGGUGCCAUUUGGGAUAUAACCAUAGAUCCACAUUUGAAAGUCACUUAGACACCCAUAGUGAUUCUUCUUCUUCUUUUGGCUGUCUUCGGCGUCGGAUGGGUAGGAGGAGGCGGAGGCGGAGGAGGCUGCGGAGGUAGCGGAGGAGGAUUCGGGAGGAGGAGGGAUGAGGGCGAAGGGGAGGCGGGAGAGCUCGGCUUGUGGUUCUCAUCCUCUUUGA